GACAAGCAUUUUCUCAUAUCGUCCAAUUGCGAUUUUGACUGUGAGGUGAAUUGCAUUGCAUCAUGUCACUAGGCUUAGGAAUAGAGCAAUAUCUUCCUUCACCACUGGAUCCGAAAUGGCUAUCAGCAUCGUUGUUCCGUCUCUUUCUUGAUAUUCCAUCCACUAUUCUCCUCAAGGAAAUUUUGACAGAGACGAGUUCGUCACCUUUGUUUUCUUUUUUUUUAGAUAGUGCCCUACACUUUUGUAACCUUGUUCAACAACCUGAAGAUUCACGUUAUGAAAGUGGAAAUGAAUGUCAGAGUAUUGAAAAUGUCAGAAUUUCAUAUAAACAGAUUGAAGGAAAGCAAAGAGAGUACAUGACUUGAACACCAAGAUCAAUUUUUUUUUUAGGAUUUUUUAUAAUCACAUAUCACCUUGCUG